CGUUGAUUGUCUCGCAAGAGUUUCCGUCAACACUUCCACAGUCGACGGUGCGGUGACAACAGUCGACAUAAAACCAAAGCCAAAGAUUCCUGUGUAGUCCAUUGACAACGAGAAAGGGACUCCCAAUCCACUUGUUGAGUGGUAUUAGACAGAGAAGGCCGUCGGAGCGCCAUCAAAUCCGAGUUUCAUUGUCAAACUUUGGCAGCUUUUUUGAGUUUGCAAAUUCUGUUUUGCAUUUCUUCACGGGUUUCGGCGGCUUUUCCCUCUCUCUGCCUGGCCAGUAAAUAAAUGACCAGUGCUGGCCAAGAUUCGCAGGUCCACGGAAGUAAUAGCACCAACGACAAGACAUCAAAACAGGAUGAUGAUAAUGAGACUCCUGUGAGACGGCCCUCUACGACCACACGGCGUCUACGCUUAAUGCGUCAAUUCACCCAGAGCACAACCAUCCACAAUGUCGAUACAGAACCCAUUGAAGCGGCUUCGGUGGAUGCAAAAUCCAUCGCAUGCGGCUUGGCUUCGGGUGUCAUGCAAGCAGGUCUAUACAGUCCUUACGAUCGAGCCCUGUAUCUGUCCAUGACCAAUCGGACUCCCUUCUUGUCCAUGGACAAUUUCAAAAGCCCCUUUGUGGGCUUGUCGCAGUCCAUUGGUGGUCGAGCACUCUCCGGUGGUCUCUAUUUUCCGUUGGAACAAUUCUUUUUUCAACAAUUCCAUCCAGCCACAGCAGCAGCUGGACCACGCGACAACAGCAAGAUUCGAAACUUUCUCGCUGGAACUGCGGCGGGAGCACUCAAUGCAAUGAUCCUAAAUCCACUCUCGGCCAUCAAGUACAAAACGUGGAGUCGAAUGUACAAUCGAGGAAUGUUUGAAGAAGCCUUUAGCAUGUUGCAAAAAGGUGGCCGCGGUGUCUUUUACAGAGGCUUGACAUCGACACUACUACGCGAUAUUCAUUUUGGAGGAUGCUACACAUUUAUUCGGUUACAACUCCAAUGGAGUUGGUCAUUGCAAAAUGAACACCAAUGGUUUGCAAACUUGAUUGCAGCGGCACUGGCUACUAUUGUCAGUGGGCCCUUUAAUCUGGCGAGAAAUGUUCAAUAUGCUACCAAAUCCUCGGAAAUCGCACCGACCACGCUACAAGUCUUGCAAGAACUGAUACGCGAAACCAAAGCCAUGCAAGGCACUCGACAACGAACGUCUUUCCUGGUCGAGCGAUUGAGACUGGGAUGGGGAACUGCACGUGUCGCGACUGGUAUUGCGUUUGGUCACUGGGUCUACGAUGGUCUACACGGACUGGUGCACGAGCAAGAAGAAUCUUGGCUUAGCAAUGACAACAGUAGAAGUGGUGGAAAUCAAAGAGUGAGACACUAGCUAGGGUAACUAUAGGUGAACGAUCCGAAUCGAAUCGCUGAAAAACCUUUUGGUGGGUGCUGAGUCGAGUAGCUAUGUUAGGUGUGGAUCGACUAUACCGUACCGGUACGGUACCGUGCGUGCACACAUCCAUUGGGUGCUGACAGAACGGCGUUCUCCUAGCUAGAGCUAGACUAACUGGAUCGGACUAUUCGAAACACCAGGUUUA